GUGGAACUCCGUUUACCGGACAUAAACCCUUAGGUUGUUAAAACUCUUUUCAGCAUGUCAUUUAAAAGAGAAGGAGAUGAUCUUAGUCAGCUAAAUGUUCUCAAGAAACGAAGAGUUGCAGAUCUCUUGUCUAAUUACAUACCUGAAGAUGAAGCAGCACUGCUUAAAAAUGGAAGGUAUACCUGUCUGGUAUGUUCCUACAGACCAGUAUUUGAUACUGUGGAUAUGCUUACUGUUCACAGGACUGGCAAGAGACAUUUAGCAGGUUUGAAACAGUUUUAUGGUAAGAAUCAACAACUGAAAAAUGAAGUUGAAAAACGUCGCCACCAGGACUACGUUAAAGCUGAGGAAGAAGGAAGAAAAGUAGAGGCAUGUCCUGCUCCUCUUUUAGCUCAAACACGACAGAUAACCCACCAUGCACUGCUUAAGUCGGCUCCAUACAACAGCUGUCACAAGACGAACAGGCCUAAUGUCAGCCCCUCCCAAUCUGGAGUAGAAAGCACAUCAGCUGUUACCACCAGGCCUUUGCCAUCUUUUUCUGUAGUGGAGAUGACUUCCUGCAUUAAUACCAUUCCAGAAACACUACUUCCUGAAGACCGCAAGAGUCGACCAGCUACACAAAAGAAACCAGUUUCCCAUAAAAGGAAAGAUAAUGUUCGGAAAGUAUCCGCUGUUUCAGUGCAUACAAACAAGGAAAAGGAGGAAGAACAACGCAAAAGGCUUGAACACUAUCUUACAUUAAAAAGAUUCAAGAAAAUGGAAUGGUAUGUCAAAAAAAGACAUUCUGCAGUGUUUUGGACGUGUGAUGUGAAAAGAAGACAGUGACUGAGUGAAGAGGGGCAGAGUAAAUUUGUGAAUCAGGUUGCAGAUCAAUUUAAUCUCAUUUAUUGUAGAGUGAUUUUUGUCAGUCAAAUGAAGUUUGGGGUGGUCCUGGAAAAGAACUGAUACUCAAACAAACCAACAUGUACAAAUCCUGUAUAAUAAUGUAUUAUCAUAAAAAUUGACUAUUAAAAACAUGCCUGCAAAUACAGAGGAUAGUGUUUACCUAUUCUAGCUAUUUUGUAUAAUGGCCCACUAU